AUGCAGAAGCUGGUACUUGUCUCGUUGUCGUUGGUAGCCGUCGCGCUGGCAUACGAACAUCACGGAUUUGUCAGCGAAGUCAAGCACAUUCCGUACAAGUACAUCGGUGGCGGUGGAAUUGGCGGCGGUAUUGGUGGUGAACAGGGCGGCUUCGAGGAAGGCAUCGGCAGCUACGAGGGUAAGGACUACUACGCCUAUCCGAAGUACAAGUUCGAGUACGGAGUUAAGGACUACCACACCGGAGACCACAAGAGCCAGUGGGAGGUGCGCGAUGGAGACGUCGUCAAGGGCGAGUACACGCUCCAGGAACCGGACGGUUCGACCCGCAUCGUGAAGUACCACGCCGAUGGCAAGAACGGCUUUGAGGCCAUCGUCAAGAACAUCGGCAAGGGCUACGAGGGUGGCCAAUAA